GAAGAAACCAUCGUUGUCGGAACCGUCGUGCAGUACCUACUGUCCAGUGAGUCUACGCCGGAACCGUCGUCGGCCUGAGGCAGUGACGCAGCGACGAACUGACGAUGAUGAGGGCAUACUGCAGAGGCGUUGGAGACUUCAGUACUUGUUGAAACAGCAGGUGCCCAAAUCUAAGUAAUAGAAAGCGCAGGUGUUUCAAGUGAAAUAAUUCCUCCUCAUCUUGGCAGUAGGGCAUAUGCAUAUCAUCGAUGCAAUUACGCUCUAUAGUUGACCAACAUUUCUUGUUUUUGCAAAUUCUCAUCUCGAUCUGAUCAGUCCAGAAAAAAUUAAAAAAGAAAAGAAAACAAAUUCAAUGGAUUUUGCUGUUGUAACUUCACUUCUAGGCAUAGUAGAGGAGCAGCUUCUGCGGAAACCCCGUCCUCCUUUUAUUCUUCCUGAUGAUACUCAAAUCAUCCUAUCCUUAAAGGAUUAAGCUUCUCUCCCUGCAAGCCUAUCUACAAAUACCUAAGCCCAUAACCUCUGAUCAGGAGGCAGUGAAAAGGUUGGAUGAAGAAAUCAGAGAUGUUGCAUUCAAAGCAGAAGAUGAAAUCGAGUCCAAACUAAGUGAUGUUUAUCUGGGGGUUGGUGAAGAUCUUCAUCAAACCUUGCAACAAGUAGUGAAGGAUAUUGAGUCAAUUGAAGUGCGCAUCAGUGAUCUGCAAAUAACACAUACUGCCGCCUCCUCCUCCGCCUCCUCCUCCUCCUCGCUUGAUAGUGAUGAUGCUUCACCUUCUUUACGGCUAGAAAAGUUCUUGGAACAUGAUGAUUUCAAGCGGAUUGGAGCAGAAGAUGCAUUUUUUAUGAAAAUAAGGAAAGUGCUGGUUGAUUGGCGGUCCAAACCACAAGCAGUCAUCUCAAUUGUAGGUGCCAGUAGGAUCAGUAAUACUUCUUUAGCUCGAAGACUUUAUGAAGAUCCAUCAAUUGUGUAUCACUUCCCCAUUCAAGCAUGGACCACUGUGUCACCAUUGCGAGAAUUCAACGAAAGACAACUACUCUUUCAACUUUUAGGUUCUAUUGACUCCUCAUUGCUGACCAGCAUGUCCUCCGAUGAAGACGCUGAUCACCUAGGAAAGCUACUGUGCCAAAAACUGAAGGGCCAAAGGUAUUUAAUUGUCAUUGAUGGCAUUCGGACACAAAAGGCAUGGGAUGACAUUCAAAGGUAUUUUCCAGAUGAUUUAAAUGGAAGCCGAAUUCUGAUGACUACUGGAAUAAUGGGAGUGGCUAAAUAUGCUAGCUCAAGUAUAGUUGAGGUUGUUCAAGGUAAUACAAUGAUAGGACUGGAAGAUGAAUUUGAGAAAAUAAGGGAUUUGCUCAUUUUUAAUCACCAUGAACGAGAAGUCAUCUCAAUUGUUGGAAGGGGUGGAGCAGGGAAAACCACUUUAGCUCAAAAACUUUAUUACGAUCCAUUAGUUUUGUCUCAGUUUGAAAUUCGAGCAUGGAUCACAUUGUCUCAAGAAUUCAGUGUGGGAAUGGCACUUCUUGGCAUUAUAGGUUGUAUUGUUUCAGUGACUAACGAAAUCUCCAAAGCAGACGACACUGAAUACCUAGCAGAUCGACUGCGCAAUAUUCUCAGUGGCCAAAGGUAUUUAAUCGUCAUUGAUGACAUUGGGACGACAGAGCUUUGGGAUCACCUUCAAACUUGUUUUCCAAAUGAUUUGAAUGGAAGCCGAAUUAUAAUAACUACUGAAACGAUGAGUGUGGCUGGAAAUGCUAGCAGAUCAGGUUAUAUUUAUGAAAUAGGUUUUCUAACUUCAGAGGAAAGCUGGGAUUUGUUUGUCAAAACAUUAAUGUUUAAUCCAUCCCCUGAACACGAGUCAAUUGGAAGAAAAAUUGUUGGGAUGUGUGGUGGAUUGCCACUGUCAAUUGUCAUAUGUGCUGGAAUUCUGGCGAACCACAAAAUGCCACCUGAGCAUUCAGAGAUAACUGCAUUGAUCUACAACAACUUGCCAAGUCACUUACGAGCUUGUUUUCUGUACUUGGGAAUUUUUCCUAAAGGUAGUGUGAUUUGUGUGAAAAAAUUAAUAAAGUUAUGGAUGGCAGAGGGAUUUCUGGUGUCCAAGGUAGAUAAGAGUUUGGAAGAUAUAGCACAGGAUUCCUUGAAUGAUCUUAUUACUAGAAGUAUACUUAUAGUUGAGAAGUGGAGUUUUGAUGGAAAAGUCGAGUCAUGUAGGAUUCGUGAUUGGCUACAUGACUUUUGCUUGAAAAAAGCACAAGAAGAUAACACUUUGGUUGUUAUUAAUGAAUAUUGUGGUGAUCUUGCAAGAACUUGGUCAAGAGUGGAACAAUCCCAGCUACGUUGUCGUUGGAUGAGCUGCCAAUCCCAUCUUUGGCCAAUUACUGAAUCAAGUUCAUUCAAUUACACUUUGAGCAAAAUCCGUUCCAUUCUCCAUUUUGGUAAAGAUUUAUCCCUUGCAAAAAACAAGUUCAUAUUUCCAUGUCUCAAAUUGCUAAGAGUUUUGGAUUUAUCUUUGGUAAAGUGCUCGAAUGGCAUGCCGAGUGAAAUUGUGAAUUUGAUUCAUUUGAGAUAUUUAGCCUUAACCACUACAGGUUCUCUUUAUAAUUUUCAAUUGUUUAAACUCCAAAAUUUGCAAACUCUCAUUCUCUCCUCAUGGAUGGAAGAGUGUCCUUUGCAACUGCCAUGUGAUAUUCUGAAUUUGCCUUGGUUAAGGCACGUGCACCUUGACAAAGGAUCUUCACUUUAUCUCCCAAACUCCAUCAAAGGAAAUCUACAAACUCUUUUCUGGUUGAAGGUUGCUUGUUGGGGGACAACAACAACACUAGACUUCACAAUGGUUCCAAACUUGAAGGAAUUGGGAAUUUACAUGGAAGGUGAAAUGUCAGCUAGUACUCUUCACAAUCUUACUCAGUUAUAUCAACUUCAGAUUCUAAAAUUUGAAAUGGGAAGGGUCAAGCACUUUUAUAUCCCUCCUUUUUUUCCGCCAAACAUCAAGAAAUUGAGCCUUCGUAAUACCAAUCUUUCAUGGGAAGAAAUGGACAUUAUUGGCAAGCUGUCCAACCUUGAAGUACUUAAACUAAAAGAGUUUGCUUUCUGUGGCCCAAAGUGGGAACCAGGAGUCGUGUGCUUUUCUCGAUUAAAGUUCUUGCAUAUUGUGGAUCUGGAUCUUAAACAUUGGAAUGCAAGUGCAGAUAAUUUUCCAGUUUUAGAAUGCUUAGUCGUGAGAUGUUGCUGCCACUUGAAAGACCUCCCAAUUGAUAUGGCAUGGAUUUCCAGCCUGAAACUAAUUGAGUUAAUCGACUGCUGUCCUUCUCUUGUGAAGUCUGCAAUGAGGAUUAAUCAAAAACAGAUAUUUAGUUGUGGAACUGAUGGUCUAGUUGUUCGACAUUCUUUAACUAAGGAUGAAUUGGCAAUGGAAGAUGAAAACUAUGAAGAAGUAGGGUGUGGUGAUGAGAACUAUGAAGAAGAAAUUGAAAUGAGGAAGAAGAAGAAGAAGUAGGGAGUGGUUUACUAAAGUGCAAAUCUCCACUAGCUUUUGUUGUCGUAACUUCUCUACUGGGAGUUGUGGACCAACACCUUCUGAAGCCCAAUCCAGUCUUCAAUA